UCUUUGGAUCGCAGCAGGAAUUUAAGAGCACACACAGCUCAGACCUUCGAGCACUCUACUAGCAGAUAGCUUUGCUCAUUGCCAGGUACUGCAUGCACAGACCACACCACUUGCUAUGCAUCCCUCCGCUGCCAAGUUCUUGCUUCUUCUCGUGGCCGCCGCCUCGAGCUUCUUGUCGGUGGCAUCGCAUGGACUGCCGCCGCGGCAGCUCAAGCGGAACGCGAGCUGCGUGCCGCACGAGAGGGACGCGUUGCUGGCCUUCAAGGAAAACAUCACCAGCGACCCUGAAGGCAUCCUCUCGUCGUGGCGACGAGGGCGGAAGGACUGCUGCCGGUGGAUGGGCGUCACCUGCAGCAACCAAACCGGCCAUGUCCUCGAGCUUGAUCUAAGCUAUAGAAAUUUGGCAGGCCAGAUAAGUCCUUCCUUACUGUCUCUAGAGCAUCUGGAGCACUUGGAUUUAGGCGGCACAUACUUAUCUGGUCAUGAUGGUCGUUUUCCCGAAUUCCUGUGUUCUUUCAAAAACUUGCGAUAUCUCGACCUCUCGUUCUUGUCGUUUGCGAGCAGACUGCCUGCUCAACUUGGCAACCUUUCCACACUGGAAUACCUUUACCUCAAUGACGCAUACUCUUUGCCGAGUGAGGUGCCGCCUCAGCUCGGUAACCUCUCAAACCUGCGACAUCUUGGUCUCGCUUAUAAUUAUUUGUACACAACCGAUAUCUCAUGGUUAGUUCGUCUUCAUCAGCUUGAGUAUCUUGAUAUGGCAGGCAUAAAUCUAAGUACAAUAGAUAAUUGGCUUCAUGUGGUAAACAUGAUUCCAUCUCUGAAGUCUCUCUCCCUUAGGAACUGCUCCCUUCCCAGAGCAAACCAAUCGCUCACUCACAUAAACCUCACAAAACUUGAGAUGCUUGUUUUAUCCAAGAACUACUUUGGGCACCCAAUUGCAUCCAGUUGGUUUUGGAACAUAACAAGCAUUCAACAACUCGAGCUAUAUUCAACCUAUCUUUACGGUCCUUUCCCUGAUGCACUAGGACGAAUGACGUCCCUCUCUUACCUGGGAUUUUGGGAAAAUGGAAACUCAGCCACGAUGGCAGUAGACUUGAAAAAUCUAUGUGAAUUGGAUACUCUGUUGCUCGAUGGGAGCCUAUCAUCUGGGAACAUAACAGAGUUCAUAGAGAAGUUGCCACAAUGUUCUUCUAGCAAAUUACAGCACCUAAAUUUGAAUGACAAUAAUAUGACAGGAAUAAUGCCACACGUAAUGGGGCACUUAACCAGCUUAGCUGCUCUUAGCCUAUCUAACAACAGCAUUAGUGGAUCUAUAUCACCAGGGCUACAGAAUUUCACUAGUUUGGAGGAAUUAUUUCUCAGUUCCAACCACCUUAGUGGCCAGAUACCAUUGCUGCCAAGAGGCCUUGUCUGGGCAUUUUCACUUCGGAGCUCCAAAUAUUAAUGUACUAAUUCUAUCCUCUAAUAAAAUUACUGGUCCCAUUCCUGAAAAGUUUUGUGAGUUGCAAUAUCUAAGUGACUUGGAUUUGUCAAACAAUUCUUUCGCGGGAGAACUUCCUAUAUGUUCUUCGAUGCCAUACCUACACUCCUUGCUC